AUGCUCUUGGAGUUCACAAAAGUGUAUCCAGUGUUUUCAUGGUCUUGGGAUAUUUGUGGCGACGACAAUCCGCCAAAGGAGAAUGAGGGCGGUGAAGAAGACGUGUGUGGGAUCUGCCGAGUCAGCUACAACGGUACAUGUCCCAGCUGUAAGUUUCCCGGCGAUGAUUGCCCGCUUGUUGUUGGCGAUUGCAACCACAAUUUCCAUGUUCAUUGCAUACAGCAGUGGCUUGAUACCUCGACCGCCAAAGGAUUGUGUCCGAUGUGCAGGCAACCGUUUUCGUUGAAACGAGGAGUGGCCAUCAACGAAUGUCAAAUGGACCGAUUGGCCAAGCUUUUGAUCCACGCACAACCGCCAGGGUUGAGCGAUGACCAGGAUUUGAUGAUGGAGCAGGAGUUUGUGGUCCGCUAG